AUGGCCGAAGCUGCUCUCAAGCCGGAGAAGGACUUCUCCAAGCAGGUCGAUGAGCUACUUCCCAAGGCUGAAGAACUUGCCCAGUCCGAUCUUCAAGGUGCCAUUGAGAAACUCACUGCCCUCGAGAAACAAACCCGACAGGCAUCCGAUCUUGCGUCUACGUCCCGAGUACUAGUUGGAAUCGUUACGAUAUGCAAAAACAAAGGCGACUGGAGCUUGAUGAACGAUCAAGUCCUUGUUCUCUCUAAGAAGCACAGUCAGCUUAAGCAGGCCAUUACCCGUAUGGUCCAAACCGUCAUGGGCUUCCUCGACGAGACGCCCAACCUAGAAACGAAGCUAUCCGUCAUCGAGGCCCUGCGCACCGUCACCGAGGGCAAGAUCUUCGUCGAAGUCGAGCGCGCGCGAGUAACCAAGAUUCUCUCCGAUAUCAAGAAGGCGCAGGGCGACGUCAAGGGCGCCACGGAGGUUCUCUGUGAGCUACAGGUUGAGACCUUCGGGUCCAUGGACAGGAGGGAAAAGGUCGAAUUCAUCCUGGCACAGGUUGCUCUCUGCAUCGAGACUGGAGACUGGACCCAGGCUGGUAUUUUGAGUCGCAAGAUUAGCACCAAGUACCUUGCGAGAAGGCCAAAGAAGACUGCCGAGCAGCUUGAGAAGGAAAAGAAGGAGAGGGAGAAGAAGAAGGCUAGGGGAGAAGAGGUGGCCGAAGAGGUCGAGGAUGAUGUGACGGAUCUUAAGCUCCGUUACUACGAGCAGCAGAUCAUCCUGGCCAAGCAUGACGACAAGUAUCUUGACGUCUGCAAGCACUACAGGCAGGUCUUGGAUACGGAGGCCGUUGAGGAAGACCCGGCCAAGCUUCAUCCCGUCCUCCAACGAAUCAUCUACUUUGUCAUUCUGGCUCCUUAUGAUAACGAGCAACACGACCUCCUCCAACGAAUUCUCCGAGACACACGAAACUCCCAAGUUCCCCUCGAUGCCGAGCUUCUCAAACUCUUCACCGUUCACGAGCUUAUGCGCUGGCCCGAGGUGGCCAAGAAGUUUGGCCCCCAUCUCUGCAGCACCGACGUCUUCGACGCCGAAGAAGGCCAGUCGUCCGACGAGAAGGCUCACCAGCGAUGGAAGGAUCUGAGAAAGCGAGUCAUCGAGCACAACGUGCGCGUCGUGGCCAAGUAUUACACCCGCAUCCAGAUGGGCCGUCUUACCGAGCUCCUCGAUCUCGCUGAGGACGAGACGGAGAAGUACAUUAGCGAGUUGGUUACGUCGAAGACGGUCCACGCUAAGAUUGACAGGCCCGCGCGCAUCGUUAGCUUCGCUAAGCCGCGGGAUGCUGAUGAUAUCCUUAACGAGUGGAGCUACAACAUGAAGAGCUUGCUGGGCUUGCUUGAGAGGAUCGACCACCUCAUCACCAAGGAGGAGAUGAUGGCUAAUAUCCAGGCAAAGUCAAGAAAGGCAAGGUAA